UCUAGGUAGACUUCAAUGAAUUCUGCUUAGUACACCAGUAGUGAAAUUUUUAAGUUAUGCUUUACGUAGUAUACAGAAAAUAAAUACGUGCAAGACCGACGCAAAAUAGGUGAAAUUAGAAUGACGAUAUAUUUGGUCACCCGCGCGCUUCCAAAUCACCACAAUUCAACCCAAGUUUCUUUUCUUUUUUUUUUCUCCAUCUUUCGAAUCUCUUAACUUCGAAUAAAUACGCAUUUGAAUAUCUUCAAGAUCGAUAUGAGUAGAACGGCUUUGCACAAUGGCCUCCGAAGACGCACACACGUCUUUACGUGCUAAGUGGACUCCCGAGCUAACCGCCGUAUAUAUGGGAAACCCUCGCAUCUCUUGCAAACGAGGGCAUAUUCGACGUCGACGAUGAGCCUGGAACUUGGACUCCAGCUUGGCCGCGCUUGCUGGAGGCCAUGCAGGAAGCAGAUCCUGCGAAACCCUGGUCUACGGAACUGAUGAAGGCCAAGCGCAGAAUUGAAAAAAACCGGUACCGUCAAUACAAGGCCCUGAUCGAGGAUUACGCCAGCUACGAGGAGGAGAACGAGGGUGCUUUCCCCACGCUAUCCGAAGAGCAAUGGGCUUCUUUCCUCGAAAGGCACCCUACAGCCAAAUGGCUACGUACCACGCCCCUUGGCGAUAGGGACAUAUACGAGCAGGCCUUUCCGUCCCAGGAAAGGUUAGGCAGCUUCAUCGUGGCGGCUGGCGAAGAAGACACCCUUCUAGAAACCGUAUGGGACGAUUAUAACGCCAAUCCUACGGAGAAGAAUAGGAAAAGGGCUCUAGACAGGGAGACGAUACUUGCCUAGUUUAUAGCAGCUUGCCGUGUCUUGCAAGAAGGGCUACGAGCUGUUGUUCUCAACGCGCUAUUGUGUCUUGGUCAACUAAUUUCAGAGGCUGAAGAGUGAGUGGUGUAUUUAGCUAUUUAAUUACUGCAAAUGAAAAAGUUAGUCAUUUUAAUAUAUAUUGUGAUGUGGGUAAUUUGAUGUUGUAUUGGUAACGUUUUCUACCUCUUUGAAUUAUUAUGGACUUGUCAC